AUGGGUGGCUGGGGACAUUGGGAAUUGUAGUGCAGCACAUCUGGAGGAUAUCAGGUUGGAGGAGGUUGACUUAAGCUUGCAGGUCUUUGCAGUUCAGAAACAGUGCCUGAAACUUAAAAUACUGCUGACACAACUAAUUAAAAACUCCAAGAAAAUUCUGUUAUGUGCAUCUGUCCAGUAAAAUAGCUCAAUUGUAAAAUUUAAACUAACAAGGAGAACAAGGAACCCUAGAAAGCAAGCAAGCAAGCAAGCAGCAUCAAGAAGGGGAAGUAAAAAGUAGUGCACUGCAUCUCAGGCCUACAGAAGCAUCAGUCAAAAUUUACUACAGAGCCUCAGCUCCCUUUUGGCUUUUAUAACCUGCUUACUCACAACUCUGUUGUAAUGGGUGGUCUGUAAAGCAUUAGGCCUGUAAACAGAAGCUUAUGGACAAUCUUUCCUACCCACUCCCCGGCACAGCCCAGCCCAGCCCAGCCCAAGGUUACCCCAUUUCUCAAAACAAAGCAGGGAAAAAUGUGUACGAACAAGAAAAACAGAUGAAACAGGGAAGAGGGAGAGAGAGAAACCCAGCCACAGCCAGGGUUCGGGCUCUCGCUGUCCCUCCCACAGCAAACUCCUCCCCUACAAACUCAGCCGUCUUCCAAUCAGCACCUGCGAAGGCAGCGAAAGUUACCGAUCCGGCUCCCCCAAGCCUUCACUCCCUUUCUGUCCAAGAGACGCCCGGGGCAAGGCGGAGGUCAGGUGGAGCGCCAUGGCUUAUUUGCAUGACCCAAUCGGAAGGCCGCAUGCAAACGAGCCGUGAGACGGUUGGCUGGGGGUUGGCAGGAUAACUCCUGCCCCAGGAGUCCUUUGUCCCCUUCGAGUGUGCUUGGUGCUACUGUAGGAGCGGCUGUUGCGGGUCGCGCAGAGGCGUGUACAGGCGGCUGCGGGCAUCGUGGGUGGGGGCAAGAGAAGGAAGGAAGAAGGCAACUGGGAGUGAAGUGCAACAGCAGCGACGCCUGUUUUCGAGUCAGUGUCGGAGGAUUGAUCGACAGAGGGACACGCACCGCGGUCAGCCGGAGCGGCGCUUAACACCCAGUUAGUCAGGAAGGAGAAGCAGCCAGGAGGAGGAAUAGGGCCGGGGGCCCGACUCCAGCUGCCUCGUUCUCCCGUCCCGCUUUGCAGGGACUUGCCGCCGCAACAUGACUCUGGAAGAGCUCGCUGGGGAGCAUCAGACAUUUGGAAGGACAAAAACAACCCAGUACACGCAGACAUCCAGACAACCAGAGUGUAGAAACGACUGUUCUGAAGCCACAUCUCGCUCCCGUUUCUUUAGGAGUCGAUCACUUCGAGUUAAAGGGAGUUUUCCGCUCAGUUCUUUCCUCAGUUUUGCAGGCUAGGAGGGCGCUAGGAGGAAAUAUGGAUUAGGGAUCUGCUUAAGAUGGGUUCCUAGCUUGUUUUCUUUUAUACUUUUGUAAAGUUUUCACUGUAGCUUGAGUUAGUUUCUCCUUUCUCUCUCGUUUGGUGGUGGGGCUUCCAUCAGCAUGGAGAAAGUAGGCGAUGCCUUGGAGGAAGUCCUAAACAAAGCCCUGACUCAGAGAAGCAUCACCAUUGGGGUGUAUGAGGCUGCCAAAUUGCUCAAUGUGGAUCCUGAUAAUGUGGUGCUCUGUCUGUUGGCAGCAGAUGAAGAAGACAAUCAGGAUGUGGCUUUACAAAUUCACUUCACCCUGAUUCAGGCUUUCUGCUGUGAGAAUGACAUUAACAUUCUUCGAGUGAGUAACCCCAGUCGGCUUGCAGAGCUGCUACUUCUAGGGGCAAGUGGAGGCGGAGAGCAGCCUGCAGACCUGCACUGUAUACUUGUGACGAAUCCACAUGCUUCUCAGUGGAAGGAUCCAGCCCUAAGUCAGCUGAUCUGCUUUUGCCGGGAAAGCCGCUACAUGGAUCAGUGGGUCCCUGUGAUUAACCUUCCUGAACGAUGACAUUACAUGAAUGAAGCUGAACUGUAUAGAAAAAUUGCACUGAAGUUUUAAAAUACCUUAGUAGUUUGCUCAGGAAGUAAUUUCCCAGCCUGGCACAAGGAUAAUAAUUGAUGUCAAGUGGGUAGGAUGAAGCUGAACUACAUAUUGUGUGAAACUGAAGGACAUUUGACUUCGCUGUUGGAAAAUGAUGGACCUGAAAGCAGAAGUUGCAUUGAGCGAACAAUAGGAAGUAAUUGGAGGAAGUUGGAGCUCUGCAAGAAGGUGAUGAAAGUAGGGUUAUGGAGUUUCUUUCAGAACAUACCAAAUAUACUUUGUUGGAGUUGUAAAAGAACAACUUCUUAGUUUCCGUUUUUAAAUAUUUCACACUUGUAAGAGCUAAGGAAAAAAAGUUUAUCAUUCUUAAAACUAUUUUAUUUUGUAUCAACUAGCUGAUCUCUGCAGUUUUUAUUCUAAGAAAUUUAAGUUAUUUUAUGAUACUGAUGAAAAAAUAUUUAUACAAGGUAUUUUCAAAAGCAUCUUACUUGCACCACUUGUAUUAAAAUGUUUGAACUGCUGCUUUUUCCUAAAUUGUUUGAAAAUGGGACUGUGUUCACUCCAAUAAAGAUGUGGAAGUCA